AUGGACGAUGUUCUUGAUGUCCCCAAGUACUUCACGUGUCCCAUUUCUUUGCAGUUGAUGGGAGACCCCGUGACCACCGUCACCGGCAUCACAUAUGACAGAGAGAGCAUCGAGCACUGGCUUCUCGACGGCAAGAAUGCGACCUGCCCCGUCACGAAGCAGCCGUUGACGAAGGACUCCGACCUGACCCCGAACCUCACCCUCCGCAGGCUGAUCCAGUCGUGGCGUGACGAGAACGCCUCUCGGGUUGUCAACUGCCUUCCCAACCUGAGAGCGCCCCUUGACAGGUCUUGCUUGCUCAAACUCGUCAGAGACAUCCGAUGGCAUCGAUUGCAGAUCGAGACCCUGAGACACAUUAAGGUGCUUGCGGUAGGGAACGAGCAAAAUAGAAAUCUUAUGAUAGAGGUUGGCGUGCCCAAGGCUGUAAUGUCAUACGUUGCAAAUUGUUGCGACGAAAACCGGACCAUUGGUUGUGAAGUAAACAAUUGCGUCGCCGUGAGAUCACACACGCUUAUAGUCCUCAAAAGGAUGUUCAAAGCGGCGAGCUCCUCAGAGCUAGAAAGAUUGAAAAGCGAGUUCUUACAAACAAUCAUCCGUCUCCUAAGGAACGGCAUCACUCAACAGGCAGUAAAUGCGUCGCUCCAUAUAUUGCUAGACUCGUGCCGAUGGGUGAGAAACCGUGCCAUGAUGGUGGAGCAUGGCGCCGUGUUUGAGCUCAUCGAGCUGGACCUAGGGUUUCCGGAGAAGAAAACCACUGAGCUAAUCCUCGGAGUCUUGUUCCGCCUAUGCUCUUGCGCCGACGGGAGGGCUCAGUAG